ACAUUCCUUUUUCAGCAAGGCUUUCAUCCCCUAGAUCCUACUUGGAAAACCUUGAUUUUCUCUCUUAAGCCAUUCCUGACUCUAGCUAUGGCAGAUCAACUCACGAAGCCAGUGGUUUCUUGGGAGGUUUGGAUGUAGAUGAAGUUUUUAGGUCAUGGACUUUCAGUACCUAAAGAUGACUGACAUAACCACCAGAGAGCAUUUUGUGAGACCUCUUCACCGUGCUCAGGGCGAGCAGAAUUGGCUGAAUAGGCAGUGGGUGCCUGCAGGGUCAGCUGAGAGGGCUGUGCAGAGCCUCUGGCUGCAAGGAGGGGGGUAUGGUCUGUGUGCACACUCUGGGCUCAGAACCAUUGGCAAGGCAAAGGUGAGGUGCAGUGGUUGCAACAGCAGGGAGCACAGAAAUCAGAGUUGCUGUGGAAUGACCCUAGGAGAAGAAUCAACUGGCUUGACUGAGGCUGAAGAGGCUGAAAUAGAGACAAUCAGGAAGCGCAGGCAGGAGCUUUUGGAUGACAUUAAGAAGCUGAAGGAGGAGCUUGCUGAGGUUAUUGCAGAAAUUGAGCGUUUCCAACGUGAAGAGGAGAAGCAAGUGGCAGACAGUAAUCCUGGAGAGCAGAUCAGCAAGCAGUCAGAGAGGGAUAAAAUUCUGUCCCUGGGCCGGAAGAAAUUUAACAUGGAUCCUGAAAAGGGGAUCCAGUACCUGAUAGAGCACCAGGUGUUGUCUUCAGACCUUCAGGAGAUUGCCAGAUUCCUCCACAAGGGUGAAGGCCUGAACAAGACAGCCAUUGGGGAUUACCUGGGUGGGAGGGACCCCACAAACAUUCAGAUCCUGCAGGCCUUUGUGGCAUGUCACCAAUUUGCCAACCUGAACCUGGUGCAGGCGCUGAGACAGUUCCUCUGGAGCUUCCGGCUGCCUGGGGAGGCGCAGAAGAUUGACAGGAUGAUGGAGGCCUUUGCCAACUGGUACUGCAAGUGCAACCCAGGAGUGUUCCAGUCCACAGAUACCUGUUAUGUACUCUCCUUCUCUAUCAUCAUGCUUAACACCAGCCUGCACAACCCCAAUGUGAAAGACAAACCCCACUUUGAAAGGUUUGUGUCCAUCAACAGAGGCAUUGACAAUGGAGGGGACCUGCCAGAAGAGCUUCUAAAGAAUCUGUUUGAGAGCAUAAAGAACGAGCCGUUCUCCAUACCAGAGGAUGAUGGCAACGACCUCACCCACACUUUCUUCAACCCUAACCGUGAAGGCUGGCUGGUGAAACUAGGAGGACGUGUGAAAACCUGGAAACGCCGCUGGUUCAUUCUGACUGAUAACUGCCUGUAUUACUUUGAAUAUACCACGGACAAAGAGCCUCGGGGCAUCAUCCCCUUGGAGAAUCUAUCAGUCCGGAAGGUGGAUGAUCCCAAAAAGCCAAACUGCUUUGAACUCUUCAUUCCCAACUGCAAAGGGCAGAAGAUCAAAGCCUGCAAAACAGAUGGGGAUAGGAAGGUGGUUGAAGGCAAGCAUCAGUCCUACAAGAUCUCAGCAGCCACUCCAGCAGAGCGUGAUGAGUGGAUUGAGGCAAUACGGACCAACAUCUCACAGGAUCCUUUCUAUGAUCUGGUCUCUGCCCGUAAGAAAAAGAUUGCCAGCAAAAACUGAACCAUGACCUGGUCACGGCAUCAGAAAGGUGGAGGUUAUUGGACAGCUUCCCUCUCACACUGGGCUCUUCCAGUGAGGAAAUCUGGGAGCUUUGUUUCCAUCUGCCUCCCACCUGGCAGGCAGAUGACUGACAGGACAGCUUGCCCUCUGCCUCUUCCCCUUCCAAACUGAAGGCAGAGGCGCAGGGUGCGAUCCACUGAGGACUCAGAACUGUGGGCAGGGAGUUGCCCAUGUCCGAACAUAAAGGCUCAACAGCAAUUGGCCUUUGGGCUCUCCCAUGUAGGCCCAGACAUGCGGGACAGGAUCUGAGAGGAAAAAGGAAUGUCUGCACAGUGUCUCCAGCCCCUCCUGUUGUCACACCAGGCCAGGGUAUUUUUCUGUGAGGGACCAUGUGGAUUCUCUUGGAGCUGAGCAUCUCCCAGUCAGUUGCAGAGCAGAAAGGCCCCAAUGGUUUCUCUUCCAUGAACAGAUGUGUAGUGGUUGUGGGGUGGAGGCCACCAAUAUUUAGAAACUUGCUGUGAAACCAGAGGUCAAAGUAAGAUCAGAAGCCCUCAGUCCAGAAGAAAUGCCUCUCUCCCUUCCUACAUCCUGUAGUGAGGACUGUAAUCCUGGGAAGUCCCCGCUUGGUAACUGCACCAUAAAUGUUAAAAAGUUAGAGAUAAUUGAAUCCCUAUCCAACAUAAGGGCUAACUGAGCAGAGAGAUGCUGUGGGACCAGGAAAGCAGCUCUGGGUGUUUUGUUUUUCUUUUUUGAGACUCAGGGAUCACCACAGAUUUCCUUAGGGAAGAAAUCGAAACUCUAGCUCUCCUCCUGGCUGAUGGCUCCCUGACAAAGGUUGGUUCCUUGAGGCCUGGGUUUUGUAUCUGAAAGUUUUGCAGUCAGAUGGCAUGAAAAAAUGGAGGUACAUACACCUACCUCCCCACCAGCACACACACAGAGGCAUUCAUUCCCAUCUUCAUACAAUGGUAUCAUCUGGAGCCUGGGGGUUUUGUCUCUUGUGUAAAGAGAGAAAUAAAAAGAGGUUAAAACAAGCCCAAAA